AUGACCGUGCCUCCGAUAGCCAAAGCCACACUCCAGUCGGCCCUGAUCAACGCGGGGUCCAAUGUGCUCGCACAGGCAAUAAGCGCUUACAAGGACGAGAAACCAUUCGACCUGGACACAAAAACAGUGCUGCAAUUUACUGCUUGCGCUGUUGUCAUAUCACCACUUACAUUCCUAUGGCUGGGGAACUUGGAAUCGGUAUUUCCUGGUUUCACUGGAGAGAAGGUCGUGUCCGAAAAGGAGAAGAAGCUGCAACCUCCGAAACAAAAAUUGAACAUCCAAAACACCAUGGCAAAAAUCAUAAUUGAUCAAACGAUCGGCUCUGCUUGGUAUACAGUGCUGUUUAUCGUGACAAUGGGGGCUUUACAAGGGCAGGAGUACGAAGUCAUUCAGCGACAAGUGCAAGGUGAUUUCUGGCCGAUAAUGAUAGCCGGGUUCAAAUUAUGGCCUUUUGUCUCGCUUUUGAACUUCACCGUUGUUCCGGCGGACAAGCGCUUGCUCGUGGGCAACCUGUUCGGCGUGGUUUGGGCUGUGUAUCUCAGUCUCAUGUCUAGAUAA